AUGGUGAGACUUCCGCCAGGGUUGAAGCACAGUUGGCGCAGCAGUCUUGUGCAUUGGAAGGGGGGGGCCCCAUGGGGGAAGCGGCUCUACAGUAGCGGAAGCAGUGGAAGCAGCGGCAGCAGCAGUGGAAACGUCCUUGCCCGUGACCGCGCCCGUGUGGGACACCGCCAGGGCGAAGGCGCGGGGGAGCUGCACAAGUACGUGUGCGUCGUGCCGUACAAGAACGACAACGUGCUGUCGCUGGAGGAGGCGUACGAAGAGAAGUACCCCCACGUGGUCAGCGAAAACAGCAUUGAGGUGGAAUCCAAUUUGAAAUAUAUUUACAAGUUGCUCCUAACCAGUCGAACGGUGGAACAAAUCCGAUUGCUGCUACACAACAAGUACUGUGCAUAUGAAAAUAAUUUUAUUAAUGACGUGAGGAGCAUCAACUGGUCUGCAUACAUCCCCUUCAGCAGCGUCUUCACGGAGCCACAAAUAAAUGUGAAGAGCAUAAAGUCCCGGCUGUUCCACACCUGCAUGAUCAAAAAUAUCAUUUUGAAUGUUAUUAAAAAGCAACAACAAGUGUAUAUAGAAAAAAAUGGAGAUGAAAAUAUUCUUUUGAAGAAGAAGAAAGUGACUCCCUCUUCUCUCCAGCCAAUUAAAAUACAUGUCCUCUUCCGUUACAAUGAAUUAAAAAUUAGUGUAAACAUAAGUAAUGACUUAAAUGAACGUUUGUACUUUGCACACAAAAGUGACAGCUCAUUGAAAAGCACAAUCAUAGCUUCUGCUUUGCUCAAAAUGAACAUUUUUAAUUACACCAAUGGGGGAAAGAACUUAUAUGUUGUGGACCCCUUCUGUAAUGAUGGCAGCAUUCUUUUGGAAGCGUUUUCCAUUUUAAUGACUGCCCCUUGUGGCUCCCCCAGUGUUAAUUACCCCAUUUUGGCAUUUCCUAUGCACUCCCCUUCUGUCUUUUUCGAAGCUUUAAAUGAAGUGAACAUGACUCCGGGGAAGUUCACCGAUGGGGUGUUCCUCCUGGGGGUUGACGACAGUAAGGACCACAUAAGAAAGGCGAAUGCAAAUUUGAGGAGGCUCUUCCUGACCAUACCACGGUGUGUUAAUGAUGAGGGGGAUGUGCAGGUGGGGGAAAAGGUCCCUUCGUCUGGAGAAGGGGAGAACAACUUGGUUAGAAGUGGGAAGUGGGGAGAAGGGGAGAACAACUUGGUUAGAAGUGGGAAGCGGGGAGAAGGGGAGAACAACUUGGUUAGAAGUGGGAAGUGGGGAGAAGGGGAGAAUAACUCGGUUCGAAGUGAAAAGGGGGGAGAAGGGGAGAACAACUCGGUUCGAAGUGAAAAGGGGGGAGAUGCUACCUCCCAUUUCAGCACACUUGGCACACAGGAACUGAACGCGUUGUUCCCCAACGAUGGGAAAGUGCAAAAGAGAAGUGACUACCCCGCCAUGGGGAGGAAGAUAAAAUUCGUGUGCAUGGACUUCCUCAAACUACACAGUGUCAGCGAAAACGUUAUCAUCAUUACGAGCAUACUAAAUGUAGAGGAAAAAAAAAAAAAAAAAUUGGAGAAAAUGCUCCUGCGCUCGCAGAUUUUAAAUGCCUUCGUGUUUGCCCCGGAGAGUUAUAAAGAAAGGGCGAAGCUGAAGUUUAAGAUCGUUUCUCGGUUUGUGUCCGAUGGGCAGAACAUCAUUUUUGUGCAGCUCUUCGGGCAGGCUCGCCGCGGGGUGUACGACGAGAUGUGGGAAGGGUGA